AUGACGGAAGAAAAGUUCGAUCCUAUCCUAUUCUCAUUGGCGCAGCAAAUGCCAAAUGGAGUUUCGGAUCUAUUCGAUGUGCUUUUCAGUUUCCUAGCUAGAAAAACAGACUUCUAUUCCGGAGCUGGAGUGGAAGAAGCACGACAUCUGUUGCUAAAGUACUUUGAAAAGCAUGGCAAGGAGGCAGCUGAGAAAGCUGCCGAGAAAAGAAGAAAGAGAGAGGAGGAGGAGCGUAAACUCGCAGCAAAGCGAGCUGCUCAAAAAGCUAAGGAGGAGCAGGAGUUUAAGGCUCAAGAGAACCAAAUUAGUAAUGAGAGCAAAAUCGAAGAGAUUUCUGACGCUGAAGCAGCAGAAUUCGAGAAGAAACACGGAGAGCAACGAGUUGUUUCCACCUCAGAAGAUGCAGAACCGAAGAAAUCUGAGGAGGAGAAAGUAACGGAUGAUGAAGAAGACGAGGAUAAGGGAAAAUUACUUCCAAAUAGCGGUAAUGGUUGUGACUUAGAGAAUUAUCAGUGGACUCAAACACUACAGGAAGUCGAGAUACGAGUUCCAUUCAAAGUUGGUUUCCCUCUUAAGUCACGCGAUCUUGAAGUGAUGGUGGAGAAGUCUCAUAUACGCGUGGCUCUGAAAGGACAUCCUCCUGUCAUCGACGGAGCUUCAUUUGGAGAGAUUAAAACUGAAUCAUCUGCUUGGGUUCUUGAGGACAAGAAAGUUGUUGUAAUUUCAUUUGAGAAGAUGAAUGGAAUGGAAUGGUGGAGAUAUCUGAUCCGAGGUGAUCCAGAAAUCAAUACAAGGAAGGUUCAACCAGAGAACUCCAAAUUGUCGGACUUGGACGGUGAAACCAGGACCAUGGUGGAAAAGAUGAUGUAUGACCAGCGCCAAAAAGAACUUGGUUUACCAACCAGCGAAGAGAAGAAAAAGCAGGAUAUUUUGAAAAAGUUCAUGGAGCAACAUCCGGAAAUGGACUUUUCACAAGCGAAAUUUUCUUAA